AUGCUUGUCGCACUCCUCCUCUUCCUUAUCGCCGAGCAGGUCUCCUCCACAGCGCUACCUUCGUCGCUACGCCAAUCAUCCUAUGCUGCUCGCAACGCUCCCGUUCUCAUCAGCGAGAAACCUGGGGAUGGCGGACAUGUGAGGGAUCCGAUCAGCGAAUGGUCUUCUACGAUUGGCAUUGUCACGGCGAUUGUAGGCAAUGUCCUUAUCUCGGUUGCCCUGAAUAUCCAGCGAUACGCCCAUGUCCGUAUCGAACGGGAAUAUGAAGGAAAUAUACUACGACUGAGGGCUGAGUGGAAACGAUCUUCUUCAUCGCCCCAUAGGCCAGACGGACCGACAAACGGUUACAAAUAUGGGACGGCGGACAGGGAAACUGCCCGAAACCAGGAAGACGUUGGUACGUCGCGGUAUACAGAUGACCCAGAGGAGGACGAACGAAGGCCGCGCAAGGUGUACACCAACGGAAAUGGACACGCUCAUGCGCAAGGCAGGGAGAAUCAAGCUUCGGAAGAUGAGGAAACUGAUGACCCGUUGCAGAGCUCCUUUCUAUCCGACCGGACAGCGACCUCGUUCGAGAAGAGUAUCGCGGGUGUUGACAGAAAGUCGUACCUCCGUUCCUCAUACUGGUGGUUUGGAAUAAUACUGAUGACCGUGGGAGAGGCUGGCAAUUUCCUGGCCUAUGGAUUCGCUCCGGCUUCCAUUGUUUCACCCCUAGGAGUUGUUGCGCUGGUGUCGAACUGUGUGAUUGCGCCGUUCAUGCUCAAGGAGAGAUUCCGCCAGCGAGACCUCCUAGGAGUUGUAAUUGCGGUUGCCGGCGCUGUCAUCGUCGUACUGAGUGCCAAAACAUCAGAGAACAAGAUCGGUCCGGAUGAGAUUUGGGGUAUGAUUACGCGUUGGGAGUUUGAGACAUACCUCGGGAUCACUGUCAUUUUGAUUAUUGGUUUAAUGUCGAUAAGUAGAAAGUAUGGGAGGAAGACCAUCCUGAUUGAUGUUGGGCUUGUUGGAUUAUUUGGCGGUUAUACAGCCCUAUCCACUAAGGGCGUAUCUUCUCUUCUUUCAAACACACUUUGGCAUGCAAUUACAUUCCCAAUAACGUAUGUCCUUGUGGCUGUCCUGGUGUUUAGUGCCGUGAUGCAGAUUCGAUAUAUCAAUCGCGCACUUCAGCACUUCAACUCAACGCAGGUGAUCCCAACUCAGUUUGUGCUCUUCACCUUGUCCGUUAUCAUGGGAAGUGCUAUAUUAUACCGUGAUUUCGAAUCUGCAACAGGAGAAAGAGUUGCAAAGUUCGUUGGUGGUUGUCUGUUGACCUUCUUUGCCGUGUAUCUGAUCACGAGCGGAAGAGUUCAGAAGGAAGAUGAAUCCGAAUCCGAGUCAGAGACCGAUGAGGAGGAAGCUAUCGGUCUUCAAAAUGAGGAGCCGUACCGAGAUUAUGUUGACUGGCAGCAAGAUAGCGCACCGAUACCCAGGAGACAGGGCACCGAUAGCGCUGGCCAAGGGACAAGGACAAAACCUUCACCAUCUCGCUCACUCCAAAGCCUUGAGGAGGUUUAUGAGCCUGAGGAUGAAGACGACGGACAGUUGACUCCGCGUGCCCGGAUAUCUGCAUCCCCCGGGUCUCUGCUACCCCCUAUCUCAAGCGCCUCUUCCAUCCUGGAUCCUUCCCCGCUGCCGGCUAUUUCCAAUAACCCCUGGGCCACCCCAAGUAGCGAGAGAGAAGGACCAGACUUCCUUUCUGGAAGCCCCGGUAAAGAUACCUUGGCCCAUAGUGCGGACGUCUACCCUCCUCCAACCAAUGUAAUUUUGCAGUUCCCUGCUGCCCCGGGUGCAACGGAUUCGCCUCCUCGAAUAUCACCUCCUCAGCAUGGUCCUCAGACGCCUCAAGGAAGCCCUCGACGCCGUUCCCCUACCAGAGCAGAUCAUCAUGGCACUCACAAGCAUUCUAACCAACCUCUACGUACCCCAGGCACAGUACAUCGAAAUUCUCUCUCCCGUUUCUCUCCCGGGCCGCUUCUGCCGCCAUUAUCAGGGGGAUUAAGUGCCGUGGUUGCAGACUCUCUACGACGAGGAGAAGGAUCUCCCCAACAACUCCGGAAAAGUCUGCGUGGAAGCUCCAGGCACAGAUCAAAGAACCGGGUACGAGCAGGCAUUCCGCUCUACCUGGACCCAGCUCUUGAUUCCCACCCUGUGGCUGAAGCGGAAGAUGAGACGACUGGAAUUAUAGCUUGUACCACGAGAAAUAUACCCCAGAUAUCCCGAUCGACUUCGACUACUGGCCCAGACGCGUUUCCAAGUGAGCAACAACGGAUAAGGAGCCUGAGUGAUUCGUGGAGCGGUGGCCUUUUGAACUUUGGAGGCAACUUACGGCUCAGCGGCCGUCGGUCAAAGGGGAAACUCCCUGCAGCUGAGAAUCUAGAAGAAGCCGCCAGCCGCCAAACGGAACCAUGA